GUGACUAAAGAGCCCGAAGAGAGGUCGGCGGGCCCGGACGGACGGACGGACGGACGGAAAAGAGUCGGAGAACUGAAGGAAUGGACCUGAAAAGCCACGGCGGAGCGGACCGCUCCCCUGAGGCCUGCCCUAUAAGGAGCCCGGCGGCGCGGAAUAGGAGGAGCGCUCCUUGUUUGGAAGGAUGAGAUGAGAUGAGGAGGAGGAGGCGAAGAAGGCUUCUUAAGGGGGUCCCUCGGACCACGGGCUCAUUCGGUCGUCCCUGGUCGGCUUCUAGCCUCGCGACGACUUCCUCUUUUCGUGCCAGCCAGCAUCACGUGAGGUAGCCGCUCGACCGCCCGCCCGCAGCCAUGUGCGACGACGAAGAGAGCACCGCCCUGGUGUGCGACAACGGAUCGGGACUCUGCAAAGCGGGAUUCGCCGGAGACGACGCGCCCAGGGCCGUCUUCCCGUCCAUCGUGGGCCGACCGCGGCAUCAGGGCGUGAUGGUGGGCAUGGGCCAGAAGGACUCGUACGUGGGCGACGAGGCUCAGAGCAAGAGAGGGAUCCUCACCCUCAAGUACCCCAUCGAGCACGGCAUCAUCACCAACUGGGACGACAUGGAGAAGAUCUGGCAUCACUCCUUCUACAACGAGCUGCGAGUGGCCCCCGAGGAACACCCCACCCUUCUGACCGAAGCGCCGCUCAACCCCAAAGCCAACCGUGAGAAGAUGACGCAGAUCAUGUUUGAGACCUUCAACGUUCCCGCCAUGUACGUGGCCAUCCAGGCCGUCUUGUCCCUCUACGCCUCCGGACGCACGACAGGCAUCGUAUUGGACUCCGGGGACGGCGUGACCCACAACGUCCCCAUCUACGAAGGUUACGCGCUGCCUCACGCCAUCAUGAGGUUGGAUCUGGCCGGGCGCGACCUGACCGACUACCUCAUGAAGAUCCUGACCGAACGCGGCUACAGCUUCGUCACCACGGCCGAGCGCGAGAUUGUGCGGGACAUCAAGGAGAAGUUGUGCUAUGUGGCUCUGGACUUUGAGAACGAGAUGGGCACGGCGGCCACCUCGUCCUCGCUGGAGAAGAGUUACGAGCUCCCCGACGGGCAGGUCAUCACCAUCGGCAACGAGCGCUUCCGCUGCCCCGAGACGCUCUUCCAGCCGUCCUUCAUCGGCAUGGAGUCGGCGGGCAUCCACGAGACCACCUACAACAGCAUCAUGAAGUGCGACAUCGACAUCCGCAAGGACCUGUACGCCAACAACGUGCUGUCGGGCGGCACCACCAUGUACCCCGGCAUCGCCGACCGCAUGCAGAAGGAGAUCACCGCUCUGGCGCCCAGCACCAUGAAGAUCAAGAUCAUCGCUCCGCCCGAGAGGAAGUAUUCGGUGUGGAUCGGGGGCUCCAUCCUGGCUUCGCUGUCCACCUUCCAGCAGAUGUGGAUCAGCAAGCAGGAGUACGACGAGGCCGGCCCGUCCAUCGUCCACCGCAAGUGCUUCUAGAGAAAAAAGGAAGCGCGCGGUCGGACGGAGACGGUUGGAGCGGCGCCGUCGACGACGGUGUCGAAGCGCUAGGGUAGGGGGAGUAAAAAGAAGGCUAAUAAAAAGUCAACCGCAAA